AUGCCCGCUCACCAACUCACCGCGUCAAAGACCCUGUUCUUCUUGUGCGAUGUGCAAACCCGGUUUCGCAAUGCUAUCUACGGAUUUGAUGAAGUAACUGCAACUGCGAAUAAGAUGAUGAGAAUCGCCUCAAUACUCGGCUGCGAAGUAGUUGCAACCACGCAAAAUGCGAAAGCACUCGGUCCCAUCGUCCCAGAUAUAGAUUUGGUGUCCAUAGGCCCACUCCUUAUUGGCAACUUUGAUAAGACCCUCUUCUCCAUGGUAACCCCGGAUGUGAAAGCUUUACUUGACACGCGGCCAGGCGUUGAUUCAGUCGUUCUCUUCGGAAUCGAAUCACACGUCUGCGUUCUCCAAACCGCCCUCGACCUCUUGGCCCUCAAGUACACCGUCUAUAUUGUCGCCGACGGCGUAUCCUCGUGUAAUCGCACAGAAGUCCCCAUUGCGCUAGACAGACUACGACAAUCAGGCGCCAUCGUCUCCACCAGCGAAAGCAUUGCCUUCCAGCUCAUCGGAGACUCCGCAAAGCCAGAAUUCAAGGCAUUCUCCGCCUUCAUCAAAGAAUCUAAGGAUAGCACGAAGAAGGCAGGAGAAGUUUUACUAAGUCACCUAUGA